AUGACUCGCAGCAAAGACUUUUCUAAGGUUUCUGAAAGUACUUGCAAGACAGUGGUACGUUGGAUCAAUGACGCAUUGAUGCCCAAACUUUUUAGUCUAUGGAAUGAAGAACAACCAAAGGCUGCAUUAUGCGAACUCAAAUCAAAAGGAGGAGCCGGAUUAACCAUAGAACAAGCACAACCUUUGUACGAUGCGAAAUUUGAUGGGAGAUCUCUUUCAAAGAUUGUCGAAGAUAUUAUUAAGAAGAAAAAUGAACAUUUUUCCUUUGAAUACGCCACCAAUGUUAUAACAAGCAAUAAGGACCUUGCUUCAGUACCAGAAUCCACUUGGAAAGCUGUUGCUGAAUGGAUUGUCGAGUUGAUAAGAGGUAAUUUUAUUGAGAUAUCAUCCGAAUUGCUUGAUCGUUGGAAGCAUCGGUUAGAAGGCGAAAUAUCUGAACAAUUAAGAAAGGAAAGAACAAAUCCCAAAUAUGAUUACCUCCGUAAUUUACAUGAUCCAAACAACAUGGAAAAACUGGAAAAACUAAUUGGUACAAAUAUUCAACUCCCUAUCUUUCAAGAAUAUGGCGAUUUAGUUCCAAAAGACUUUGAUCCAACAGCUAAAUAUGUUUUGACUCGUCAGCGGUUUGAUAUACUGAAAAAGGUUGUUGCUGGUGCAGAAGGAUUUGUUUUCUCAGGUCCUCAUGGGAUUUCAAAAUCAUAUACAUUAUAUCUCAUUGCUGCCUAUGCCUUUGUGAAUUCAAUUCCAGUACUCUAUGUUCCAUCUUGUGGUACUUGGAUACGCCGUUACAUUAUAGAUAACAUUCCUGGUGCCAACAAUCAAUCAUUGAAUAGUGAUAUUCUUUCUCGGGACGUUAUUUCAAAAUUGGAGAAAUCAGGCGAUAUUGUUUCAUAUCUGAGCAAAAAUGUUGCAGACGAUCAACGAGUGUUCUAUUUGUUUGACGAACAUAAUGAAUUGUUCAAAACUGACGACAAUGGCAAGACUUUUGCUAGUAAACCUUAUUUCCAUGAUUUUACAAGAUGGACAUGCUCUACAAGAGGCACAUUUUCAACGACCAUAUAUUGUGGAAGUGCUCAUAGUUCUUUUGAAGACCAUUUCCUGAGGAGAGAGUUUAAAAAUAGUUAG